ACUAUUAGUCUGUUCCGUGUCUUUCCCCAGGAUCCGUGGCCGCGCUCUCACUUUUGCUUCUCUUGGGCUCUCUUCUCACGAUGGUCCAGUCCGACACCAAGUUUGCCUCAAAGCUUUUCAGUGUGCUGCACAAGACUGACACUGUUCGGUAUAUCGUAUUCUCGCCGCCGUCAAUUAGGUCAGCCCUUGGCUUGGCAUACCUUGGCGCUGAAGGCACCACUGCAGAGGAGCUAAAGCGGGCCCUCUCACUGGAAGGUUCCGACAAGAAUGACGUGGCCCAAAGAUUCGCUCAUCGUUUGACCCAAGAACAAAAACAGUAUGGGGAUGACGCUCAGUUCAGCUAUGCCAACCGUAUCUACGUGGCCGAGCGGUACAGGCUUAUUCAGGCUUAUCAAGAGUUGGCUGGUAAAUACUUUAACGCAUCCGCCGCGAAUGUGAACUUCGCGGAGAGUGUAGAAAUUAACGAAGAAGUCAAUUCCUGGGUGCGGGAGCAAACCCAUAAACAACUCAGUUUCCUCUUCACUUCUCACAAAUCCAUCAGCUCGGACAGUGCCGCCAUCCUGAUCAAUGUGAUCUACUUCAAAGCCAGUUGGCUAAAGGGUUUCCACCAAUUUCAGACAAAGGUUCGUAGCUUUGUGUCCAUGGAUGGCCAAAAGCAUGGAACGUACACCAUGUUUCAGUGGGAGUUUUUUAGGUACGCCGAGUUGCCGUCUCUGAAGGCCACGGCUUUGGAAAUGCGUUACAAAGGAACGGACAUUGUGUUCCUGAUCAUUUUGCCUUUAGAGGAGCUGGGACUGUAUGAACUCGAGGAGAAGCUAAGUGUUUUGGACCUGAACGAGAUAAGUUCGCAAAUGAGAGAGGAGCACGUGCGGCUGCAGAUGCCCAAAUUAAAACUAGAGUUUGAUGUCUCCCUGCAGCCUGUCCUAGAGCAGCUGGGUAUAAAGACCAUGUUCGGUCCCAAUGCCGACUUUAGUAGCCUUGCCAAGGGCCGUGACAUAAAGAUCUCCGAUAUGGUUCACAAGGCCUACCUCGAUUUGAACGAGAACGGAACCGCUGACGCUUCCGCAAGCGCAGGUCCAACUUCUUGGCUUUCGUCAGUCCUGGUAGCUAAACGGCCGACAAAACCGUUCAUCGUCGAUCAUCCCUUUUUUUUCGCCAUCAAGGACAAGCAGACUAUCUUUUUUUUGGGUCAUGUUACCUCACCAUAUUAACAGUACAAUGUAGCUUUAAGUCCAUGAAAUAAAAGCCAACAUAAGCAGCA